AAAAACAUAACCAAACUUUUUCCCUAAGUACACGGAUUGCAUUUUCUUGAGUAAACAAUUAAAUUUUCCUCAAUUGCAUUUGUGAAUUUAGAUUAAUUGCAGCAGAAUGUCCUUCCGACGUCCUCGUGUGAAGGCUUCUGCUAAUUUGGUAUUGAAACGCCCAUGCAAAAGUCAAAAGAAAAGCGAAAAAUCAGAAGCUGGUGAAGAUGAAAACGCUGCUCUUCAGGAAGAGGAAGCUGAAAAGGAUACAAAGAAGCCCCAGAAGGAGGUGACACCGGCAAAGGAUAAGAAGGAGGAAGAUGAUACUCCUUUAGUUAGGCGGACUGUUAAAACGGAGCCAGUGGUGAAGAGAGAUCCUUCCCCCGUCCGGGAAAUUGAGGAGGAAAGUACAGAGAAGGAGCAGGAUGAGGUUUUCAAGAGUCCUGAUCCUAUUGCUGUUGUCCUGAGGACGGAUGGGACGAGUGAGGGUGAUCGUGAGGUGCCCAUUGGGUCCCUUUCACCGACAAAAAUGCGUCAGAGGAUUAAACCAACACCUUUCUUUGGGAGUCUCCGGCGGAACAGCACGCAUGAGAGUGAGGAUGAGGGGCGACGCCAACGAGGCUCUGUUCCCCCUGAGAGCCCAUCCGCAGCUUCCCCGCAAACCCCCCAGAUGCCCCGUGUUGCCUUUCCCGGUGCUGUAAAUCAGAGAAUCCGCACCGAAUCCACGUGCUCCACCGUGUCAGAUGUAAGUCAGGCCAGGGAUAAGCACAAUCGAAGAUCCCACAGGGCGGAAGAGCCUCUCAAGGUGAAUGAGCUGAAGAGAGAGAUUUCCCACCGAAUGGCCAGUGGGAAGUUCUCUGAUCGUUCUCGCUUAACAAUGUACGACAUGAUAUACUACAAUCCCUCCUCAAACCCAAUGAAGUAUCCCGCCAAGAAGGACAAGAGUAAGGCUACACCUGAGCGGAGAUCCAGUGUCUCGAGUGUCAUCAGUGUGGUGUCUCAGAAGAGUCUAAAAGGUGAAAAUGAGAACAAACCGGAGAAGGAGAAACCUCCUCCGGAGGAGGAAGUGAAGGUGAAGGAGGAGACUGCAAUGCCGGUGCCACAGCUUAAAUUGGGGCCCAAUGGCGAAAUGAUCCUGGAUGAGAAGAGUUUAGUGAUUGAGACAACGGGUGAUAGGGAGGCGAGAGAAACUCUGGCCAAUGCAAGUAUUGUCUACGACGAUGAAUUCAGUUCAAAUAAUGGAUUCUACAAGAGGCAAGCUAGAACAAAAGACUGGACCGACAGUGAGACAAUCAUCUUCUACAAAUGCCUCCACACAAUUGGGACGGAUUUCUCCCUCAUGUGCACCCUCUUCACCAAUCGCACAAGGAGGGAUUUAAAGUUAAAAUUCAAGAAGGAGGAGAAGAUGAAUUUAGCUCUAGUCAACAAGGCUCUCAUGUACCCAAAAACCUUUGAUCUGGAAGAAUUGCGCAUGGAGCUGCAAAAGAGUGCCGAAGAGGCUGCCAAUGCAUCGGCAAAUGCGAAAAAAGAAGCUCUGGCCGAUAUGAAGAAGGAACGGAAGAAGACGAGGAAGGCAACUUUUAGUGCAAAGAAGCGUCCAUUGAAGAACGUUAGCAGAACACAGAGACAACUGACUGAUGCAAAUUAUGCAUAUAAAAUGGAAGAAAUACUCUCAAAACGCAGCAGCAGAAAGAGGCUCUCAUCGCGGAGUGAAGGUGGUGGUGAGAAGAAAUCCAUGAAGUUGGAUGUUACCGAAGAGAUUCCGGAAGUGGAGGAAGAAGAGACUGAAGUUAUUUUGGAGAAGGAAAAAGGAGAAGAGGAGAAUGCGGAGCAGGAAGUUGUGUUGGAAGAGGCUGUAUCACCUGAAGAUGAGAUUCAAGAGCAAUUUGAGGAGGACGAAGAGGAACUUGUUGAAGAGAAACCCAUUGAAGGUGAUCCUGUUAAGGAGGAACAAAUGGAAAGUCCGAAGAAUAAUCUUGAAAAUCUCGAUCUCAACAAUCUCGUCAUUGUGGGGGAGGAAGAAAACGGGGAGACAGUGUACAAGAUUCAUCUAAAGGACCCAAAUACUUCAAAAAUAAGCGAACAGCCGCUGGAUUUGCCACAGGAAAUAAUCGAUUGCAUCGUAUCGGCACAUCUUGCAGCCCAGACAGGCUAACAACAAUCUGUACCUCCGGCUUUGCCUCAAAUAAAAUCUCCUGACCAAGGA